GCAAGUAAACAAACGAACAAACAGAGAAAGAAACACGGCAACCAUCGGCCACGCCACGCAAGAACCUCACGAGUUCUCGCAGCCAAGAAAGAUUUCCCCUUUUCCACCCAUCGAUCACAACGAGUUCUUCUCUUCCCCCGGAUUCGCUCUCCCUCUCUCCUGCUCGCUCGCGCGCGCGAUCGGAUUCCGGCUUCUCCGGCGACCUCCGAAUUCCCCCUGAUUCGAUCCGAACCCCUACCCCCUGAUCCGAUGGCGGCCAGCGCCGCCGCCGGCAGCAAGAUCCGCAACGCCAAGCUGGUUCUUCUUGGAGACGUGGGCGCAGGCAAGUCCAGCCUGGUGCUCCGGUUCGUGAAAGGCCAGUUUGUCGAAUUCCAGGAGUCGACCAUCGGCGCCGCAUUCUUCUCGCAGACCUUGGCAGUUAACGACGAGACGGUCAAGUUUGAAAUCUGGGACACGGCGGGGCAGGAGAGGUACCACAGCUUGGCGCCCAUGUAUUAUCGGGGCGCUGCUGCUGCGAUCGUUGUCUAUGACAUCACGAAUGCGGCCUCUUUUACUCGUGCAAAGAAAUGGGUUCAGGAACUUCAAGCACAGGGAAAUCCAAAUACAGUAAUGGCUCUGGCUGGGAACAAGGCUGAUAUGUUGGAGGCAAGGCAGGUGCCAAUGGAAGAAGCGAAGACUUAUGCUCAAGAGAAUGGACUCUUCUUCAUGGAAACAUCUGCUAAAACAGCGACCAAUGUGAAUGAUGUAUUUUACGAGAUUGCGAAGAGAUUGCUUCAGGGACAGCAGGCUCAGAACCCACAGGCAGGAAUGGUUCUCUCUCAGAGACCGACAGAGAGGAUGGUGAGCAGUUCAUCAUGCUGCUCGUCGUAGAUCGCUCCGGCGAGAUUGCUUCAGGGGACAGCCAUGGCCUGAAACCCAGCAGAAAAUAUGUAUGCUCCAAAGAUGCUGUCGACGAUUGCGAACCGGCUGCUGACGCCGUCCCAGCUUUGCUACAAUCUAGACCUUGUUUCUUGUCAUGUUCGUUGUGUAAAUGUGAAUACUAGUGGUGCUGCGGAGAUUCAGAUAUAUUUGCAACAUUGCAUUAAGUAUUUCUGAAUGACUCGAGUAAAUACUUUGUGCUUCAAUUUAUUUUAA